AUGAGUCAAAGCCAGGUUGUCGGCCCAGGCCUAUCUGGACUCGCCUCAUGGGCGCUCCAGUUCAGCCCAACCGCCUGGCUCAAGUCGUGGCUCUUGUAUCUGGGGAUCCAGACGCAUGUUCGAGGAACGACAGAGCCCGAAAUGAAGCCAUUGCACAAUAUCUGCGAAUACCUUCACGCCCUUCACAUCUACACGGAUGAGGCUCGACGGGGGGUGGUGAGGACUGUUUCAGCGCAUCACUUUUGCUCGCACGUCAGCAAAGAUCUGCGACAGUGCCUCAUCUACGACUCGUGCAAGCCCGGAGCGAGACUCAUCGGUGUGGAGUUCAUGAUCCCCAAGGCCCGCUACGAGGCUCUCGACCCGGAGGAACAGAAAUACUGGCACUCGCACGAGUUCGAAGUCAAGUCCGGCAUGCUGGUCCUCCCUUACCCCGAGUCUCACAAGCGCCGGAAGGACAAGUGGGACGAGCUGGAGACCAAGGCGAUGGAAGAGGUCGUCACGCUCUACGGCAAACUGUAUCAUUUCUGGCAGGUCGACAGAGGGGACGAACUGCCAUUGGGGCCCCCGACACUCAUGGGCUCUUUGACCGAGUCGACACAGCUCGACGUGGACGUGGCGAUGAAGGAGAGAAACGAGGAGUUGGGGAUCGACCAGCUGGGGAAGCGCCAGCUGAGAGAGAACAUCAGACGCCCGGGGAUCUCGGAGAAUGCAGACAGCUGGUGGAAAGAGGCUCAGCAGAAGAGAGUCGGCAUCUAUGCUUCGUGA